GCUGGCGCGAGUGCGCGAGACAAGAUGGCGCUGACUCAGGGCACGAAGCGAAAAGUCUGUUACUACUACGACGGGGAUGUCGGAAAUUACUAUUAUGGUCAGGGCCACCCAAUGAAACCCCAUCGAAUCCGAAUGACUCACAACUUGCUACUAAACUAUGGACUCUACCGGAAGAUGGAAAUAUAUAGGCCCCACAAAGCCCAUGCUGAUGAGAUGACAAAGUACCACAGCGAUGACUACAUUAAGUUUUUGCGCUCAAUCCGUCCUGAUAACAUGUCGGAGUAUAGCAAACAAAUGCAGAGAUUUAAUGUUGGUGAAGACUGCCCAGUGUUUGAUGGCUUGUUUGAGUUCUGUCAAUUAUCCACCGGCGGAUCUGUUGCAAGUGCGGUGAAGCUUAAUAAACAACAGACAGAUAUUGCUGUGAACUGGGCUGGGGGCCUGCACCAUGCGAAGAAGUCUGAAGCAUCUGGCUUCUGCUACGUCAAUGAUAUUGUGUUGGCCAUCCUGGAACUGUUAAAGUACCACCAGAGGGUGCUGUAUAUUGACAUUGACAUUCACCAUGGCGAUGGCGUGGAAGAAGCUUUCUACACCACAGAUCGGGUCAUGACAGUGUCCUUUCAUAAGUAUGGAGAGUACUUCCCGGGAACGGGGGACCUACGGGACAUUGGAGCUGGCAAAGGCAAAUACUAUGCUGUUAACUACCCACUUCGAGAUGGGAUUGAUGACGAGUCUUAUGAGGCCAUCUUCAAACCAGUUAUGUCCAAGGUAAUGGAGACUUUUCAGCCCAGUGCAGUGGUCUUGCAGUGUGGUUCUGAUUCUCUGUCUGGAGACCGCUUAGGUUGUUUCAACCUGACCAUCAAAGGCCAUGCCAAGUGUGUGGAGUUUGUCAAGAGCUUCAAUCUCCCCAUGCUGAUGCUGGGAGGGGGUGGCUACACUAUUCGAAAUGUAGCCAGGUGCUGGACAUAUGAGACCGCUGUGGCCUUGGACACAGAGAUCCCCAAUGAACUUCCCUACAAUGAUUACUUUGAAUACUUUGGACCUGAUUUCAAACUUCAUAUCAGCCCAUCUAACAUGACAAACCAGAAUACCAAUGAGUACUUGGAGAAGAUCAAACAGAGGUUAUUUGAGAACCUUCGGAUGUUGCCACAUGCCCCUGGUGUCCAGAUGCAGCCCAUUCCUGAGGAUGGCAUGCAGGAGGACAGUGGAGAUGAGGAUGAGGAAGACCCUGAUAAACGCAUUUCAAUAUGUUCCUCAGACAAGAGAAUUGCAUGUGAAGAGGAGUUUUCAGACUCAGAUGAAGAAGGUGAGGGUGGUAGGAAGAAUUCAGCUAACUUCAAGAAGGCCAAGAGGGUCAAAAUGGAAGAGGAGAAAGAUCGAGAGCCAGAGGAGAAAAAAGAAGCAAAAGAGGAAGAGAAGUCAAAAGAAGAGAAACCUGAAGCCAAAGGGGUGAAGGAGGAGACCAAGUCAGCCUGAGUUCUCCAGCUUUCCUUGGGACCUGCAACCCACACCUCCUUCCCAUUUCCUUACCCUUACACCCUCAGAGUUUAUAUUUUCUAUAUGUCUCUCUAUUUAUAUAUAAAUAUAUGAAAUAGAACUGGCCCCAGAACACAGGAACCAGGGGGUUUGGCUGCCUGAUCCAGUGCCUUUGUUGCCCUGUAUACCUGAGCCCCAGGCAGGUAAAUCCAUUUCUUCUUUCCCUGUAUUAUUUUAAAGGCGCCCCCCCCCUUGUCUGACUUGCUGGGGGUGGGGUGGGAUUUUUUUUUUUAAAGGGCCUGGGAGCAUUUUCUGGAUGGGCUAUUUUAAGAUGACAUAGGACACAUUGCCAUGGGUGGCUGGGUAGGGUAGCCUCUCUCACGGCCCCCUUUUCUCUGUGGGCCUUUCUUAUUCUUCCAAAUCUUCCAAAUUUGAAAUUCAGUGCAGUUUUUUGUAAGGAUGACAGGUAGGUGAUAUGUCUGUCCAACUGGUUCCUGUGUAGGUUCGGGUACUUAAGCUAGCAGAUUGGAAUGUGGACCCCAUCACCCUGUCCUGAGGUGAAAUGUUAGCAGCUGCUUAUGGGUGAUCUGCCUGGUUCUCAUAGUCCCUGGGCAUGUGACAAGGAUGUGCCUUCUUGUUUGCCAGGGGGCACCUUGUGCUCCUGUACCUCAGCAGACUCUAGGUUAAGGGCAUCUGGCUGCCCUUUCAUGUGUACCAUCAAAUAUUCCCCAUUUAUCCCUGGUCAGGGGCCCACCAAUAUUGACUAGGGUUUGUGUGUGUGAGUGGUCUGGGUGGGAUCUAUGGUGUGGUUUCCAUUUUGAAAUUAUUUUUGUUUUUUGAAAAAAAUCUUUGUAAUAAAACGGAUAUUUUUAUUUCUUUGUGAA